CGACAGAGAAGACGGGGAGUCGGAGCUCGAGUCAGAGAGACAAACUCCGAGGCGGCCAUGGACUGGUCCUCGUGGUUCCGGCGGGCUCUGCUGAAGGACCCGCAAGCCCCACAGAUCUCAGACUCAUCUAAGAAGAAGCAGAAGAAGAUCGAAGGAGAUUUGGAGCUGUAUGGCGUCACGCAACAGCUGAUCGACCGCAUCAAGACGUUUACUGUCGACACCUUCAAGGAUUUCCACCUCCGAGAGGUGGAUGAUGGGUCAGGAGUUGCAGACAGUGAGACGGCGACCACUUCGGGGAAUGUUCGGAAGGAUCUGUCGGAGUGGCAGGAGCGCCAUGCUUCCCUCGUGCUUUCGACUGUGAAGGAAAUGUCCCAGCUGAGGUAUAUGCUGUGCCCCCGCUAUAUGAAGGAGCGAGAGUUCUGGAGGACAUACUUUGUGCUCGUUAAGAGUGAUGUGGCCGAGUAUGAGUUGCGCUCCGUGAGGCUGGAAAAACUUAAAAAAAUGGAAACGGAGGAUGAGAAGUCUUCAAAAGGCAGUGGUUGGGAAGUUGAAAUGUCUGAAGCAAAGUAGAGAUUUAGAGGAAGCAGAUGAUUUAUGUGGAAAAGAUCCAGCAAGGGUUGAAAGCAGCUGGGAGAAAGUAGUCCUUGAUGGAAUAGGGAUUCGUUUCUCAUGUAAACCAAGCAGUUUGCUGGCCAUGUCUUUUCUCAAAUUGCUUCGUCUCUGUAUCUUAACCAUUAAUAGAUGAAGAUGGAAUAUUUUCAGUAAUUAAGUCACUACCCAAUUUAUCUCUUGUUUGA